AGCACGGACGGCCUGCCAUGGAGGCCCCCAGGCCCCGAGCCCGCUCCCCGCCUCUGCCUCCCCCGAAGCCCGCCAUUUUCUACGGGCCCGUGGAGCCGGGGAACCCGGUGGUGGACAGCUUCGAGAAGGACCUGAGCAUUAGCCUGGGCUACUUUCGGCGGCAGCGGGAAGCGAAGGACUCGGGGGCCUCGGGCUCCAGGCAGCAGGAGUUGCACAGGCUGGGAGCAACUACUUUGUUUAAUAUUUGGAACAACUACAAGCCUCGAUUCCCAGAUUGGUAUUACAAUGAAAAACUUGUGAAAGUUGGUGAUGAGCUUGUGGAAAUGAAAGAAUAUAAGCUGGCACUCACACAGUGCUAUGGGCGAUAUCUUCAGGAAAUCUGUAGUGUAAAUCUAAACAAAAUUGGAUCAGAUGUGCAUCAAUUUAAGUCUGAUUUUUUCCCAAAGGGACUUAGAGAUCCAACUGCUGCGCGUACAUUCCAUGUUUUGCAAGUGAGGAUUAUCUGCAUUUACAAAUUAGUGUGUGAUAAUGAUGAGGACCUCCUGAAUCAGGACUCUGUGAAGACAUGUUUCAGACUCUUGUCCAUAUUGCAACUGAUCAUGCAGAUGACUUUGCCACAUGAACGUUUGUGUUGGCUUGUCUACAAUGGUACAAUCCAUAUGUAUACCAUAUGUAGGCAUUUAAUGACCAUAGGUCAAUCUUCUAAGGUUCUUGAAUAUUUAUUAUGGGCCUGUGUAUGUAUGGAAUCAUCAGUUCCCCUUUUAGCUGUACACUAUUUGCCAUGGAGAGCGACACUGUAUGCUGCUGUUUGCCAGUGUUAUUAUGACUGCUAUUCUGGCAUAAAUGGAGAGAUAUUUGCACGUCGUGGUUUGGUUAAAAUAGAUGAACUAAAGCAAAUGGAAAAUAUGAGCUCAUCAGCAGUAAGCCCAGAAACAAAGAGAAAAUUCAAAGAAGCAACUGUGAAGAUGGCAGCAAUGAUCUUCAAAAGAUCAGCAUUUGAACCCAGAAGACGACCAAAGGGGCUUUUUCGUCCAAGAGUGAAAAAUAAUAUGAAAGAUAUACAACAUCUUCCUUGGCCUCGAACAAUCUCAGAACGGCUGAUGAUGGAGAUGUUUGAUUGCAAUGCAUCUAUCUUUUUUGGCAUCUUGGAAGCUUUGUUUGAUAGAAAUAGGCGGACACUGAUCCCUGGCCCUCCUAUUCCUGAUGAAAUGGAAAUUCGUGAUGUCAUUUCAGAGUUGUUUUUUGCAGGCGUGGAUAUUCUUGAUGGUGGUGGCGUAGCUGCCCGAAGCAGCAUAAUCCCUAUUUCUAUGGUUAUAACUGGAACAUCAACACUUAUGGAACAGAUCUUAGCGGGGAAGACUGGUAUUUCUGCAUAUGCUGCCUUGAGAUUUCUUAAGAUGGCUUUCAGCUAUGAGGAAUGGGAUAGCUUUGAUCACACUGCUGUAGUGUUUUUUUCCUUUCUUCAGAGUCAAAAUGCCCCCAAAUGGAAGAAAGCAGAAUCAGAACUCAAAAUACUUCUAGUAAUGCAGCCUCUAAUAUCUGCAAGAAAACCAAGACAUGGCUUGUGUGUGCAAGGAGAUGUUAUCAGAGAAUCAAGUACUUUUCGUAGUCCAGGAAGAAAAUCCAUCACAUUUCAAGAUGGAAGAGUACAAGGAGGAAAGACUAACGAUGAAAUUUUUACAUUGGCAAGAACUCUUUAUUCCUGCAUCAGUACAUCUGAAAAGGUUCUCCUGCCAGACAGAGAAAUGGUGACAGAUGCAACCAUGUUUUUGUGGCAAAAGUGUAAAAUUGCAAUUCAGAGGAUCCAAAAUAGUGGAAGCUAUUUCUUAAAGUCUCUUCUUAAAUACCAGACAGCCAAGUGGGUCCACAUACUUUUUGUAAUUAAUGAAGUGAUUCACGCCAUUAAUCUUGGAGACACUAAUACUGUGGCAAUGGCGGAAGUUGCAUUACGGCUAACAUCAGUGAUGGAGACUAUUGCAGACUUCACAAUCAAAUGUGGAACCACAUCAGUGCCAAUAGAAAAAAAUGAUGCUGCGUUGGUUUUGGAAUACUGUUUAGAAGAUAUGCCUUCAUUAAUACAGAAAUCUCCAUCAGAACAGUUGCAUUUGGCUUAUGAGUACCUGGACAGAGCAAUUAAUGCAAUGAAUCGAGCUCGCCUAAUUACUCUUUUACCUGAUGGUACAUCGGUGUUAGAUAACUGCUGCAAAAAGAAUUGGAACAAAUGGUCAGCAUGUGACACCAAUGAAAAAUCCGUUAUAGGAAACAAUUUUAUUAUGGAUUUACACAUUGAACUUAUUCAGGCUCAGCAUCGAGUAGCUGUUAAACUUCUUGACUUGCCACAAGGCAUUCAGAUUGGUGGUAAAGAUAUUAAAUCAAAGGCCACUGCAAAGAAUUUACACCAGUUCAAACAUUUAACAGAACAAGAUGUAACAAAUAAAAUAAAGAAGAAUAAAUUGUCGAGAGCUCUCUACUUGAUGCAGAAGGCUACACUGAUGCCAGGAGGAACAGCCAGUUCUUCCCCAAAACAGCUGCUUGAGGAAGCACUUACUCUAAUACAGAAAGCAGAAGCUGAACAAAAUGCAUUACGUGCUUCUUACCUGCAACCUGCAAGUAGCGUGAAAAACAAAGUUCCACCUCCUCCUAUAUUGCUGUCCAGAUCACAUAAUUCCAUGGCUUUUAAACCAGCACCAUUUGCUUCAGAUGUUAAGAUUGCAUGGUACUGUAUUUUUGGACGUAUAGCAGAAGGAUGUAACCCAAAAGUCCGGUUAAAUAAUUACAGCCUUAAGAACACAGCAGAAGUGGUACCAUAUGAUGAAACUUGCAUCUUGGAAGUAGAAGACUUAGAGCCCAACCAGAGUUAUAUAUUUGCAGUUGCAGCAUAUGACUCGGAUGGAAAUCUUAUAAGUGGUAGCAUUGGAGAAACAACUAAGCCAAUUCUUGCAUACCCUCCUCUUUCUGCUGCUGCUGUCCGAGCAUACCUGAUUCAGUCUGCUUUUCAGGUUGAAAACUAUGCAUUAUCUAAGAAGGCAUUUCUACCGCUCUGGGACUAUUUUAUCUUCGAACCUUUUACUCCUGAUGUCACAGUUGUUUCUGUAAGCAGCUCACUGGCUGUACCUCAGAACAGAUUAAUUCCUGAAGCUCUGAAUCGGGCAUCUCCAAACCUUCUAUACUUGUUCAUCAGGAGCAUUUUUAUCAUCAAUGACAUCACAGUGGUUGAAGGAAAUCUCUUCUGUGAUUCUGUUUGUUUCAACGAUCUAAGAUACAGUAGACAAGUUGCUAGAAUAGCUGAAUGUGGGCGAAUGCUAGUGGCUCUUGAACUCAGCAACUGGUUAAAUGAUGUAAAUUAUGCACUACAGUCGGUUGUUCAUUGUUAUGGUCUUUUAGCUCCCCUGAUCUAUCACAAGAUUCCUUCAAAACCAGUCAUUCAGAUUAUCGUUAAGUAUCUUACUGUUCUUCAAGAGAUGCCAUUGUCUACUUUGCAAAAAAGAUCAACAGCAUGCUAUGAAAGCCUCCAGCACAUGAUAGCUUGCUCUUGUUAUUUCACAGUAAAGGUGCUGCGCUCAUGGAAAGAAUAUGAAUUAGCAAUAGUUGUUGUUAACUAUGGGAAAAGGUUGCUGGAUUGUUCACAGGGAACAUCUCAGUCGGCUGUAACUGCAGAAACAGGGGAUGAAAUAAUAGAAGAAGAGGCUCCUUCCAGAAGGAUGAAGGCCCAAAUAGCUUUGGCCGAAAAAGUAAAUGAGAACUUAGAAGCUCUGGAAACCAACAUGCUCAAACUGACAAAACCAGGAUUGGAUCUGACAGGAGAGGAAGAUGUUUUGCUCUUGUAUCCUGUUGUUUCAAAUUGGCAAACAAAGAAUGCUUAUAAGGAAGUGAUGAAAUUCAAGAAGAGUCCUCGCUUCCUUGAAUAUUUUGUUAAGCUUGUGUACAAAGCAAUAACUGAAGACAGAUUUUCACGAAUACUAGAAUGGACUGAUGAUAUACUAGACUACCUUAAAAAGCGGAACAGAUUCUUGCUAGGUAUCAAGCGAGUUACUAAAAAAGGAAAAAAAGGUCGUGCAUCAAUGUCAGGGUCGCCAACAUCCAAGAAAAAAACAAAAGCCAAGAUCUCCAAGGAAAAAAAACCACCUAAGUAUCCUACUAAACACCAUGGUUUGGGCAAAUCAUCUGACUGGCAAAGGCGAGAAAAAGAAGAAUCACGAAGAUUAGCUAUACAAGUGCUGACACACAAGCUGAAUUUGCGUUCUAAUGUCUUCUUGAAACGAAGGAGAUGGCGGCGGGUAUAUGUUGAAGAGUUAUCGUGGCGAUCUCAGCUGAAUAUUUACCUGGCAAUUGCCCACUUCAGUUUGUUUAAAAAACGGAUAGAAGAGUUAUAUGCUAUUGAUGUUGAUGCUUUAAAAAAUCUGAACAGUUAUGAUGAACUAGACCCAGACGCAUUCUCAUUAAUCAAUUCAGGCACUAUAGUGGUGGCAGCAACAACAGAGGAGCAAUUGAAGACGUUUCAACCUCCGUUUUUUAAGAGAACAAUAUCAGGAAAAAUCCGUAAAAAAAAUGACACACUUGAUUCCACCUCCCCUGUCUUCGAUUCUGGUCCUUCCAUGCCUGCUUCUGACCCCACUUUACAAAGUGCUUCUUCAGAUGCUGUUUCCAGCUCAAGCCUACUUGACCACAGUAAUUGUCUCACCCCUGAAACUGAUGCCACAACGGAUCCCACUGAUCUUUCCCAGCUCUCAUCUUCUGCCUCAGAUUCAGAUCCAUUAUAUUUUUCUGAUCACAACAUUAAGCCAGAUGAAAAAGACACCCCACGACUACCUCAGGGAUAUGUUACCGUAAAAGAACGUGAAAAAGCACAAUUUUACUCAUCUAUGCUGGAGCAUUUUGUUAAAAUCUUUCUACAUUUUAGAAGAGCGGCGGUUUUAGCCUACCGUGGUGGCCACUGGACGUUGCUUCAGAAUGUGUGCAGAGACCUUUGGACCUAUACUCAGGAAGUGCAGUCAAUUAUUAGACAUUCACAAUCUUUUCAUGCACCAUUUCCUAUUACCAAGGAGUUGUUCCAUGACACCAUUUGGCGGCCAUAUUACAUGGCAUCAGAUAUGUUGCUUGAUAUGGUGGUUGAUCUGCAGGCUACUGAUUCUGUUAAGAUUGUUGAAGCUGAAGGAGAUUUCUGUGUUCCAAGCUGUGUAGGCGGCAUAGCUCAAGAUGAAGGCGGUUCUAACUUUUCGUUUGAAUAUCCAUUUGAUGAUAUCUGUGUUGUUGAUUUGCAAGGAGUACGUAAUUUGGUUCUGCGAACUAUUGAACUUCUAUUUUUUUUGAAGAAGUGGGAAUCACUAGUAUACAUAGCCAUGCAGUUCAACACAAUUACACAUGAGAGAUAUACAGAGCAAUUGAUUCCACUGUUGGUAUAUGCUCAGAGACAACUGCAGGAAAGAGCACAAAUCCGUGACUCUACUAGCUCAUGCCCUAAAUUCAAAUAUCUUGUUACUGAUACUGGAAGCAAGGUGCGCUGUAGAGACUUUGUUGCGAUAAAGCUGCAUGCUGCUGCCAAAUGUAAUGAAACAACUGAUGAGGAUGGAUUUGAUAGUAAAGAUGCGGAUCAAGGAAGAGCACUGGUUUCUGUUCCUUUGGAUGUGUCAGAUGCACUGCAGUGUUUCAGUGAAAGCCUGGAAAAAGCAAAAUACCACAGUAGAUCUAUUAAAUAUAGCAGGAAAUUGCUUGCAUUAUUUCUUGCUCACACACAAGAGUGUGGAAGAUUAGACACAACAAUGAAGGCAUCUUUACAUGGAAAAGUGGAAUUUAUGCUGGGGGCUGACUUCACAUAUGAGCCAGAACCACCUGAUCUUUCUAAUGAAACUUUUACUAGCAUUAGUUUGGUUCAAGGCAGCUCCAUUCCCCGGUCAAAACUGUCAGUAGUCAUCUCUUCAUAUGAGCAAACUCUUGGCUCUUCAAAAAAUAAUCAGCAAGACCUCAUGGUGCAGGCUUUCAGUGAACUCGGAAAUAUUCACUUUUAUACAGGAAACAAAAGAGCUGCUUUCAAAUGCUGGUGUCAAGGCCUUGAUGGAGUCCUGAAAAUAGUUGAUGCACUUAAUCAUUGGCACAAGUUAGAUGGCUUGUCAGAGAAUGCCACUGGCAACUUGGCAAAUAGCUCUCAAGGUUACUGUGAGAAAUUUGUUUCUCGGGGUGGAAUUUGGGGUUGCUUACAAGGAGCAAUCUUAGCAGCUAAAAUAGCUCAGUACAUAUUGUUGAAUGAUGUGAAAUUAAGAACCAAAGCUUGCAUUUUAUCCGCCAUUCUCUUCAAGUCCCUCUUUAGAGUUUCACUACCACAUCCCAAAGCAGAUUGUGUUGCACAAUAUGAAACAGAUAUAUUAAUUCCUGGCAUUGAUCUAUACGAUUACUACAGAGCUGAUGUCGCAACUGUUGUUGCAAGCCUGACUUACGUUAUAUAUGAAUUGCAUUGUAACAAGCAGAAUCUAAUAAUUUUGCCACUAUUCACAUUGUAUCAAUACUUGGUUUCUGAAAUUUGUCGCAAUGCAGCUAAAAGUAUCGAAGGAAGAAUUCUCAAGAUCAAAGUACUUACAGAUUUAGGAUUUUACUCUGAUGCCUUCUAUGAACUGUGCAUUCUCAACCGUGGAGAGAAAGUCCCCUGGAAGCUACCUCCAAUCUAUAAGCUUGUUCCAAGACUCCCGGUCUCUGCAAGUUUUGAUUCAUCACAACCACUCCUGACAAAUACAAAUCUACAGGCAUUAGAAGAUGUAUUUAACAGGCCUGUACAUUCAGCCUGGGCUGAAGAAUGUGAACCAAGAAUCAUGGAUAACUUAAUGUUAGUCAAAAUGCAUCUUGUUAUUUGCCUCUCUGCAACAUUAAACUGUGUUCCUGAAAAAGUGACAAAAACAGUGUAUUGUAUGGACAGUGAAAUCUUAAGAAAGGCAGGCAGAAACACCGAUGCUUUCCAGAAAGGUUUUGUGCCUGGACCUGAAAAGCGAGAUAGAAGUUUUAUGAUUUUGGAACUUGAAAAAAACAAAGAUAUCUUAAAUAUGGCUGUGCUAAAGGGGAUUUUAUUGUCAGAAGCUGAAGAAAGGAUUAGUUCAGUUCUCGAAAACAUACAAAAUAAAUAUGGCACAUUGCUUUAUGAGUGUUCAGCUGCAGAAUUGGAGACUGUCAUUGAAGCUAAACUUCAGCUUGCAGCUAUUGCUCAGCAAAGACUUCAAACAGCAUUCAGUGCUGCUUUGGCCUUUUCUGCAAUAAAACUUCUUCAAGAUGCAACAAUUUUCAAGAAAUCACUUGAUUCAAUAAAAAAACCAGAGAGAAAAAUAGAGAUAAAUGGUGAAAUAAUUUAUGUUGAAGAUUCCAAUCUGCUUCACAAUGUAACAGCACGAAAACAUAUGAAUAUACAUAUAUGGCUGAGAUGUCGUUUGGCAUUAGUGACUGCAAUGACAGCACAGGCACGAGGCAUUGAAACUAUGAAAGAAAAUGAAUUGAAGGAGUGCUCAUGUCUGAUUGGUGAAGUACAAAUGGAAGCGGAGGAAUUCAAUGAUGUUGAGACACUUGCCGAAAUUACAAUGCAAGCUGUUAUGCUUGGCCUGCAAGAAGGAAAACCAGUGGCUGACAUUAAGUGUUGUUUACAGAAUAUAAUCAGGUUACUUGAAGAAAAGACUCUGAUUUCUCCACCAGCUUCUUUAACACUAGUGCAGAGUAUGCUUCUGCUGACUGACAUAAUGAAAACACAAGCAGGGGAGGAUUCAGAUAAUCAGACAUCUAAAACUGAUCAAAUGGAUGUAUUAACUAUGGCACACACAAUUGUUGUCCAACAGUUAUAUAUUUUGGGACAAUUACUUGAAAAACCUACAGCUGAUCCUACAAUGACAACUCUACUAGAGCCUUUGAAAAAUAUAUACCUGCCACAUAUCAGAUUACUGGCAAAAGUCAAACUGAGAAUUGCACAUACAUUGACUCUAGAAUUAUCUUGCAUGUCUAAACCACAAUCUGAGUUCCAGUGGGUAAAAGCCCUCCGGCAUACAGAAAUAGCACUGGACCUAUGUGCUGCUUCAGUGAGACGAGAGCUUGAUCUGGAAGCAGAACUUCUUUUUCGGAAAGGGAAGAUAGAACGACAAAUUGAUUGUAUGGGUGUUAAUAAAUCAACAAUAGCUGUUGAGAGUUUGCUGGAUGCCAUAAAGUUAAGUCUUGGUAGUUACCAAAAUUUUGGAUUGAUAAGAAAAGCAUACAUGGAGGUAGCAUUGCUGUAUUAUUUAAUUACAAACAAGGAGGAAUCUCCAACUUCUGGUUCACUGAAGGGAAGAACAUUUAAACCAAGGGCUGUCAGCAGACACCGUGUUAGUUCGGAGGAAAUUACAGCCCUGGAAAUGUACAGGGUGCAGGCCUGGAUUGCAAUACGAGCUGCUGCACAGGUCAGUGAAGCUAUUCUGACUUCACAGCAAUUAAUUGGAAAGAAGCCUGUUAAAUUGUAUCAAAUGAGACAGAGAGCACAACAAAACAUGCCGGAAUUUGCUCUGCUGGACCUCAGUUCUUCCUACAAGGACUUUUUGACUGAAGGAUAGGAUGUUUGCUUCAAAGUUCCCGUGAUGACUUUGCCACAUGAAGAUAGAGCAGAAAGUGAUGAGCUGAAGUGCUCCUCCUGAAGACUUCAGUGCAAAUUGAAGAUACCCUGGGUCCAUGUAAUUCGCUACAAUACUUACUUAACCAGACACUUGAACUUGAGCCCCAUGCUUGCUGUUCCAAAAGCAGGUGCAGGCUUAUUUGCUAAAGAAGAUGUGCUGUUCACUUCAGUGUUUGACACAACAGUUACCCUGCGCUUAGCAGAAUUGCAUUCAUUCUUAAAAAUCUAUCUGCUUAUAUAUUCUGGCUGCUGCCUUCAAGAACCUCCGAAACAGCUAUAUGGUUUUGAAAAACCUUGCUAUAGUAUGACUGUGCUUGGAAAGUCACUCUCAGGAGCACUGUUACCAAAAAGACAAACAUCAUGGAAAUUACCUGCCAACCUUGCUUGUAGCUCUGAGAUGGACAUUCAUUCAGACAACAAGGCAACCAGUACUCCCAUCAGGGAACUCUGUGUGCAGUGGUACCUUCCAUCUUUGGAAAGGUCAUUGAAAGAAGGGGAAACUAUGGUUUUGUUUAUCUAUGCUUAUAAUACAAAAGCAGUCAUUACCAACAUCAAGUCUUUCAAUUCAGCCAAUGUGUAUUGUGGUUAUUUGUGGAUCCCACUGAACAGUGUUAUUGCUGUACGUGAAAAGCUGUCUGAUCUGAUACAAAUUGAAAUGUUAAUGCAAACCGUGAAGACUUCUCAGUUAGAAAGUGAAACAGAGAGACAUUCAAGUUCAGUGAAAACUGUGGCAAAGGUGCCACUUGAUGAAAAAACCAGGGAAAUGGUCAAACAGUGUUUCUCUGAAAUAAGAGCCUUGUUGUCUGUUGACCCGCAUGAGCCACCACCACUCACAGAGAUCCCAUUUGACAUCACUUUACCCAUCAAUAAGAAUUUAAGGAAAUUAUUUGAGCCAGCUAAUGGGUGUGUGAUAAUUGCAGGAAAUGUUUUCAACUGGAUAGUGUCUCUGCUCGCUUGAGUAAACAUUGCGGAGUACUUUGUCAUUCAUUCAACCUAUGAAGAGUUGACCGUUUAAGAGUAAUAUGCUGUCAUACUGAAACCAAUUGUAAAUUCCCUAUUGCAUGAGACAAAGAAUUGUCCUCUAUUCUUCGCUGGAAUUGAUAAAAUAUUUGAGGCAGUUGUA